AUUUUCCUAGAAUCAUUGUGGCGCGGCAGACGGUCAUCUUUGACAAACGGCUGAUUGGCGUUGUUGCGAGCCCCAAAAGUUAAUUUUGCAAAAAAUAAUACAAAAAAGUUUUAUCCCAGCCAACCCGAUAGCAAAGCGCAGCGUCAGUCAGUGGUUAUCAACAACGAUUCGUGAAACGCAAAUGGGAAAAGAGCAUAGUAAAAUUGUAUAAAAAUAAAAAGCGAGUGGAAAGUCAAACGCAAAGCAAGAUUGCACGCUCCGUGUUUGUUGUGACGACAAUCAAGUGAAAUUCAUACAAAUAUAAUCGUGGUUUAAAGUACAAAAUUCAAUAUAUAUUAGCUUGAAAAUUAAGAGUGGAGUGUAGAGCAAAGUUUCGCCAAAAAUUAUAUAAGUAUUUGUGGAUACAAAUUGUUUGGUUUUGGAAAUUGCACGAACGCUUUAAUGGUAAUAGAAUUGGACGUCACACAGAGAUAAUCUCCUUAUUGAAUAUUUCCAAAAUUAUAUGGUAGUGCUUUACAAAUAAGUACAUACGGCAUAUGGGGAAGCACAUUUUAAAAAGUCGAAUCGAUUAUUCAUUAAUUUGGUUACAGUUUGUGGAAUUGUGUGCAUUUCCCCAUUGUGUACAAACUUUAAUUAGAAGUGUGUAAAUCUCGUUUGAGCGCAUCUUACUUGGAAAAACACAGUAACUUACUACAUCAAUGCAUAUCAGCUUGUGUCUCAGCCCCGCACAGCCUUCUUCACGUUUUCUUACAUCUUGCCGAUAAGGUUUCGUACAUAAUUUCAAGUCUUUUGAUUUCCUGCGUGAAUUGUGUUUUAAAGAAAGUAGAUAACUAGUUAAGUUUGGCAUUGAAAGUGACAGGCAGUUUACUUAUUUAAAACAGAAAGUGCAAGUGAAAUUUGCAAAGAAAAAAUGGCUGCAGCGACAGAGUGCACCGAACUGGAUCCACGUAUAAAGAUCGAAUUGGAGAAUCUCAAUAGCGCAACAGAUGAAAUUAAUAAGCUCGAAAUUGAAUUAGAGGAAGCUAAUUCCACAUUCCGUAUACUCUUAAAUGAAUCUACAAGACGACUAAAAGUAUCAUCAAAAAAGUUGGGCAGCUGCAUUGAAAAGGCACGGCCCUACUAUGAGGCAUUGGAAAAAGCGCGUGAGGCUCAAAUUGAGUGCCAGAAGGCGGCAGUGAAAUUUCAACGCGCCAAUGAAAUUCAUGCUGCCGCUAAGGAAACCGUGGCUUUAGCCGAACAGCGUUUUAUGUCUAAUUCACACGAGUGGCAGUUCGACAAUGCCUGGCAGGAAAUGUUAAAUCAUGCCACACAAAAGGUAAUGGAUGCGGAAAAGCAAAAGGCAGAGUGUCAUGAGGAACAUCAACAACGCGCUAUGGUUUUCAGCACAGCUGAACAAACGGUUCAACAACUUGAAGAACGUUUCCGUCGUAGCAUAAAUAAAUCACGCCCGUAUUUCGAAGAGAAACAAAUUUGCAAUGAUCAGCUGCUAACACAAAAGGAUCGCAUACACGAACUGCAGCAGCAGGUACAAGCAGCAAAGAACACCUACGCCACAGCGCUACGCAAUCUUGAACGCAUCAGCGAAGACAUACACCGUCAGCGUGGUGAUUUUCAACAAAUGGGCGCACCACCACCGGGUCCACGUGAACCGGGCGUCGGCGCCGAACUAAAUUCGCCUACAACGACCACGCUGCCACCGUUGCCCGACUUCCAAUUGGAGUUGGAGAAAUGUGAUUAUCCUUCAAUUGCCGGCAGCCAAAUAUCGCUGAGUGGCAAUUCGCAUCGUUCCAGCGAUUUGGCGAGUGUCAGCACUCAACCUGCCUCCAUGAGCCACAGUGUUGGUGGUGAUGAAUCCGAAACCGAAGAGUGUGAAGCCGACUAUGCGGACAGUGCUGAAUUGAAUGGCGUCGUAGAUGAACGUGAUCUCGAAGAACUGCGCCAGAAGGUGAAAAUACUCGCAGUACGCCCGAUCGAGGGUGGCGAUGGUGAACAGCAGCGCAAUGACAUGUGGGAGCAUGAAUUAACCGCCACCGUGAAUAAGUUAGAUCAAUUAAUGCUAAUGAAUGAAUGUGCGUUGAAGCAACAGAAACAGCUUAAAAUGAAACAACAGCAACAGCAGCAACAAAAACAACCCGAACGGCAAGUGACUGGCGCCGGUAUACGUCCCGUUUCUUUGGGCGCGGAGGCACCAGCACAAAUGUACGAUAUUGUACACGCCAAACCGGCAGCAGUGGUUGAGGAAAUCGACGAAGAUGACGUUGAUGUAGUUGUGGUGACGGGCAAGGCAGGACCGCUCGUACAAAUCACACAUGCCAAGCAGGCAGAAUCGCAAGUCGAUGCUGGGGUGGUCAGUUAUCCAGCAACGCCCGAACACACUGUACAGCCCUUGAAGAAAUUACAGCAGAAAUUGGGUCCCUUGCCAACGGUGAAUGUUUCGAUGCGUGAAUUGCCAUUGUUAGCACGUCUCUCCAACGAAAUACUCGACCGUACAACAAGCAACAAUAGAGUCCGUCAGUUGCGGCGACGUUCGCUAGACUAAAGGGCUGCGGCCAGCCAGUUGCGCUGGCUUUUGGGUAAUUUUAAGCGAGCAUUAGUUAGCAAUAAGCGGGGAGCGUAAUAUGUAUUACACGAGUAUUGCUUAAAGUACACACAUAACUACUAAUUACCUAUGCAUACGGAUAUUUUUUAAGUUUACAUCUAAUAAAUAUAUAUUUGUGAAAGUAAUUAUUUUUGUGCAAAAGAAAAAGAAAAUUCGCAGUGAAAAUUGUUUACCAUGUAAAAGUAUAAUUAUUGCAAAAUCAAAUGUAAUAUUUAUUUGAAAUAAUUGUAAAAAUAA